CUCCACAGUGAGGGGGCAGGUCCUGUUGUGCGCUGAGCUGUGUUACAUCCUCCGGCCAGUGAUGCUGUAGCUCACACGGGGCUUUGCUCACCCUUCCUUGCUCAUCCUUCGCAGAAGCAAAGCGUUUACGUGACCUGCUUUCAGCACUCGAGCCGGCAGACAGUUCCAAUUCUCUCCACGGACAAGCGGAGAUCCAGUCAGCCGUUCCCCCACCGAAGGCUUCACUCAAGCGGCUAGCAAUCUCGCAGACUCCGCGGCGGCGGUUGGAGACCGAUCAACCACUUUUUUUUAACUAUUAGUUUAGGAUGGCUCCAAAACAUCUUUGCAUCGUGUUCCAUUUAAUUGUUUUCAGUCUACUAAACCAAAUAUGUGCCUUUCCUACACCGACAGCAUCCAGCGAGGAUAAAUCUGUGUACAAUCGACAGCUGACAGAAGAAAGACCACUCCAAGAGCAGAUCGCCGAGGCAGACAGCGUGAAGGCUGCAGUGCAGUCGGCUGAGAGCAAGCGACCAGCUGUCUCCGAGGAGCCAGUCGAUGACUCGACUGUGCUGAAGUCAUUAGACCAGAGCCACAAAUUCAAGGACACCACUGAUGAGGUGGAGAAGAAAGAUGAGUACCUUCCAGACGAAUCGGAUUCCACCAAGAGUCGCCGUCUGGCUGAAGAAUAUGACUCGACCAAGAACGGGAUGGAGCACGAUGAGACAGACAUGUUUCGUCAGGUGGAUGGCACUCCAUUGACGGCCGAAGACAUCGUUCAGAAGAUCGCAAACAAGAUCUACGAGGAGGACGACAGGGGCGUCUUUGACCGGAUUGUGUCCAAGCUGCUCAAACUGGGUCUGAUAACGGAAAGUCAGGCUGACACACUGGAGUAUCAGGUGGCCGAGGCCCUGCAGGAUCUCAUUACCAAAAAUGCCAAAAACGAGAUCGAGGACAGCAAUGAAGAGGAAGUCACGGGUGUGCAGGACACCCAGGCAGCAAACUUGCAGGAUAAAUGGGAGAAGCCCAGGAGGCGCUACGAUGACGAGGAGGAAGAGGAGGACGAUGAGGUUAUGGAUAAUGUGGACAGGGAUGCUGAAGACGACGAUGAGACGCUUGUGAACACUUGGGGCAAAGACGACGCUGAGGAUGACAAUGAAGUGAACCCAGAAGACGGCCUUCAAGAUCUCCAGUACUUUCCCAAUUUCUACCGUCUGCUCAGGAGCCUCAAUUCCGAUCAAGACGCUCAGGAAAGAGAGACGCUCAUCACCAUCAUGAAGACGCUGAUUGACUUUGUGAAGAUGAUGGUCAAAUAUGGCACCAUCACACCCGAGGAGGGCGUCUCCUAUCUGGAAAACCUGGAUGCUAUGAUUGCGAUGCAGACCAAGAACAAGCUCGGAAAGGCUCUUGGACCGCCAGACUUUACAGGACCUAACGUGGGAAAGAAUUUGGAUGAGGAUGACAACACCAAGGCCGAGACUGCCAAGAUGCAGAAGGAGUCUGAGAGCCUGAAGGACUCCACCAAGCAGGACCAGCCAUCAACCAAUCGGCCUGGCAAGUCCGAGACGUAUCUGGAGGCCAUCAGAAAGAACAUCGAGUGGCUGAAGAAACACAACAAGGAAGAAGGCAAAAACGACUAUGACCUGUCCAAACUGAAGGACUUCAUGGACCAGCAGGUUGACUCUUACAUCGAGAAAGGCAUCAUAGCCAGAGAUGAGGGGGACACCAUCAAAAGGAUCUACAGCAGCCUGUGACGUCCUCCUCUAUCCUCUAGAACUGAAUCAAGAUACUAAGAGAACAUUCAUUUCUUACUUACACUUGAUCCCCAUGGCAUGGUAAAGUGUACUCAUAAUAACUGCUUACUUUCUCAUACAUGCUCCAACCGUGGUGAGGGAAAGGAUGUAAUAAAACUAUGAAACAAGGCACUAAAAUAAUUUCAUCCAUAUUUACACCGCAAGAUUGAAGAAUAAUAAUCCCCAGCUUUGUCAUUGUCAUUUCUAUUCUAUUUUUGAAACAACAUACUGUAUACUGUACAGCGCUGAAAAAUGUUAGGAGACAAGUAGCUGAUAAUUUUGCAGUGGUCUUUUAAUUCUAUCUAUUUUUUGAUCUAUCUAUCUGGCUAGCUAUUAGUGCUGUGUAGCAAUGACCAUGAUCUAAAUAGUCAAACAAUUUUCCGUAAAGAAUCACAUUUUUCUACUUCUAUUUUCUACAAAGCUUGUUACAGCUAUUCACUUAAGUAAAACAUGCAGUUAAUGUGCAAUCAUCAAAUAGAAAGCAUAUUUAGAGUCAAAGGCUGUUCGGAGAGAUUUCUUUGAACCUUGAUUGCAAUUCUGUCAAAGAUAACUGUUGAAGAAAACAAUCAAAACUGACUGUUUUUACAGCUAUCUUUCUUAUAUUCUUCUCACAAAAACAAUUUAAAAACGCCUAAUUUACAGGUUUAGUCCUGUUCAUGAGCACCACACUCCAGCUGUGUUGAUUUGCGAGGCUCUGUGGAGGUUAAUUUGAGCAGGGUAUUUUGCUCCGCGAUAAUCGAGCAAAGACAUACAAUUUAUAUAUUUGAAUUUGGCUUUGCAACGUAUGCAAGUUACUUUAGAUUUACCCAACAAGUAUCACACAAGUAAAACUGUAAGUAAAACUACCUAUAACGUGGGUAUGUCCACCUUCGUGUCAGUGACUCCUCGAAAUUUGGCUGCAUGUAAACAGAGAUUAUAGGCCACCAAAUAAAACUGCGAUCAACUGUGGUUUUUUUGUAAUGUGGAAACUAACUUAAAUUAAUUCUUUAACUCUGUCUCUGACAGCCCUAAUAUACACACACACAUAUAUAUAUAUAUAUAUAUAUAUAUAUAUAUAUAUAUAUAUAUAUAUACACACACAUGCGCUUAUGAUCGUUUUUUUCUGUUUUUGCUGUAUAUGUGACAUUUUAUUCUCUUCCUGCUUUUCAUUAACAAAAAUAUGUUUGUGCAUUAAAAUUUUGUUAACUGCUGUAAUAAGUCUGGAGCCCACAAGGAGGCAGUGCACCAAUCAUUCCUCUUCACGGGUCUGUAAAUUAACAUUUUCAUCCAAGUAGACACACAAGAUGAGGUAUUUCAAACUGUAAAUAUGUGACUUUUCCCUUUUCUGUGUGACAGCAAUUAAAACACGGUCUUUUCUUUGCAA